GCCACGCGUGACUGGCAUGGCGGCUCCCAGAGGCCGCUGAUUGCACAUGGGUUAGGCUCGGCAGCCUUCUUGCCACGCAUGAGAGAAAACGGUUUCUUCUUGAUCGUUGCUCCUUUUCCAAGAGGUUGGACCUGAAGGAGCGUGGGCGCCGAGACGAUGCGGGCGCUGGAGCGGGUGUUACUGAGGGGCUUUCCCAGCGCAGCGGAGUCGCCUCGGUGGAAACAGAACGAGGCGGCUUCGGCUGCAGAAAGUGGAUCCUUGUUGCAGUUGCUGUUGGAAGGGAAUUAUGAGGCCAUCUUAUUAAGUAAAGCAGUCCAGCAUGUAUUCACAAGACCUGCAAGAGCAGAAGAAGCCCUUGAUAGCUAUUUAGAAAAGCAGAUUCAGGUUUAUUUGGACUGUUCUUCUGCGGAUAUUGAUUCUAUAGAAAGACAAAGUGUGGUGUUUCUGCUUGGUGUGGGGAGCUUGCAGUUGUUUGUUCAGAGCAACUGGACUGGACCUCCUGUUGACUUACAAGCUCAGGACUUUCUACCAUCAGAAUUUCUACAACAAUACAAUGAGCCCACUGCUUUAUCUACAGCUGUCCUGACCACACUGGUUCUAGAUGGUGAAUCAGUCUACAGCCUGACUUCCCAUUCUUUCUUGCUGAUGUUAGCUAGAGCAGUGCUUGUGAAAUCAAGACAUAAGCUAGAAGCUAUUCAGACAUUGCCUUGGUGGACUUUGCGAUGUGUGAACAUUCACCAGCAGUUGUUAGAAGAAAGAUCGCCUGAACUGUUUGCUGUAGCACAGGCCUGUAUACAACAAGUGUUUGAAAUUGAAACUUUGUUCACUGAUGAUGAAUGCUGGCAUCUUGCUGUUCAGUUCCAUCUAGAGAGUGCUUACAUAUUUUUGAAUUAUUAUGAAUACAGAAAAGCCAAAGAACACUUCCUUGCAGCUAAAGACAUAACCAAGUUACAGAUUGAUUUGACAGGUGCUCUGGGCAAACGGACAAAAUUUCAGGAAAAAUAUGUAGCACAGCUUGUAUUAGAUGUUCAAAGGAAAGAUAACAUCCACCUUCCUUACCGUGAGCUUAGUCCAGCACCUACUCCACUAGAAGAUUUAACUAAGAAUUACGCUUUAAAUGAUGACACAGUGUUAAAUGAAAUAAAGUUUGCGGAAUCUCAUCAGAACCAGAUGCCUGACCUGUGUGCAGAAGAACUUGCUGUUAUCCUUGGAAUGUGCAUAAACUUUCAAAAGAACAAUCCAGUCCAUAAGCUCACUGAAGAGGAGCUGCUUGCUUUUACAUCUUAUCUGCUCUCACAACCAAAGUUCUGGGCAAUUCAAACUUCCGCUUUGCUUCUUCGGACGAAGCUUGAGAGAGGAAGUAUUCGUCGAGUGGAGCGGGCAAUGAAACAGACUCAGGCUCUUGCAGACCAAUUUGAAGACAAGAAAACAUCUAUUUGUGAACGCAUGAAACUAUUUUACAGUUGCCAAGUUCCUCCACAGUGGGCUAUACAGCGGCAGCUUGCAAGCUUACUAUUUGACCUCGGAUGUACCAAUUCAGCUCUGCAGAUCUUUGAAAAGCUUGAAAUGUGGGAGGAUGUAGUUAUCUGUUAUGAAAGAGCAGGACAGCAUGGGAAGGCAGAAGAAAUUUUGAGGCGGGAGGUAGAGAAGAAGGAGACACCAGGAUUAUAUUGCUUGCUUGGGGAUGUUCUUAAAGAUCAUUUUUACUAUGAUAAAGCCUGGGAAUUGUCAAACCACCGCAGCGCCAGGGCUCAGCGCUCCAAAGGCCUUCUCCACCUUCGCAACAGGAACUUCAGGGAAUGUGUAGAGUGCUUUGAACGCUCAGUACAGAUUAACCCUAUGCAGUUGGGUGUGUGGUUUUCCUUGGGCUGCGCCUACUUAGCUUUGGAAGAAUAUGAAGGUGCUGCCAGAGCAUUUCAACGCUGUGUGAUAUUGGAACCUGAUAAUGCUGAGGCUUGGAACAAUCUAUCAACUGCAUAUAUCAGAUUAAAACAGAAAAUCAAAGCAUUCCGGACCCUUCAGGAAGCUCUCAAGUGUAAUUAUGAACAUUGGCAGAUUUGGGAAAAUUACAUUCUCACCAGUAUAGAUGUUGGAGAAUUUUCAGAGACCAUUAAAGCUUAUCACAGGCUUAUGGAUUUGCAAGAAAAGUAUAAAGAUGUCCAGGUGCUGAAGAUACUGGUAAAAGCAGUGAUGGAUGGAGUGGCUGAUCGUCAUGGAGAGACAGCAACGGUGUUAAAGGGAAAGCUGCAGGCACUCUUUGGCAGAGUGACUUCUCGGGUUACAAACGAUGGAGAAAUCUGGAGACUGUAUGCAAGACUGUACGGCAAUGGGCAGAGUGAUAACCAUGAAGAUAUAGAAAAGGCACUACAGUAUCUCUCCAAGGCACACAAAUGUGAAAUCCAAUCACAGGACUGGGACAAAGAUAUUUCUUCUUUUAAGGAGGUAGCAAAAGGUGCUCUAGAGCUUGCACAUGUCUCAAUGAAGUGCAGCAAAAUCAAGUCUAAUUACCAAGAAGCAUUGCAGAUACUCUCUUCAGCUCGACUCAAUUUGCGUGGUUUGGCAGCCAAAGCAAAGCAGCUUUUUGCAGAUCCCGUGAGUGGAGAAGUUUCCAGUGACCUAGCUGAAGAAGUGACAGCUAUGGAGAACUUGAUAAUGGAAUUGCAAGAACUUAGCAACCUGCUAAAGAAUCAGACCUGAGUAAAAGAAGAUACUUUCCUGGAAGAGAGGAAGGGUCAAGCUGUCCCACUUGGUUGACUCCUGUUCAUGCUAAUGAGUUUGCAGUAAAUCAGAUACGCCAAGGCACUUUCUAAUAAAUAUUUUUCCAUAUGUCUCAACUUUUAAUUGUGGGCAGCAUUGCUAUGAUUGUAAAGUGUUUUUAAGGUCAUGUCUGUUGGUUCUCAAGCUAGGUGAAUGUGCGAUUAAUCUUGGCCAGGGUUUUAUAGAACAAAACUGACUGUUUUUUUUUUUUUUAAUUUAGAAGGCCUUUUUUUAAAAAAAAAUUUAGGAUUAGUUCUGCUCAAGUGCAUGACAUAAUUGGCUCGUUUCCAUAGCUGUGCAGUUUGCAGAUAGGAGAGAUUAAAGAGUCAUGUUGAUGCUAGAAGGGAAAAAGGAAAGAGGCAGUUAGUUUGCUCUUGUUUCAGUUGAGGUUGGGGCAGGGUGAGCAGGGAGAUUAGAAAGAUAGGGGGGAAACCAAACAAUGUGAUGUUUAGAGCAAAUAUAAUGCUGCUACAGGUCCCAGUUGUGAUCACGUUAUCUCUGUGGUUUCCAAACCUAAGCACAGAAAAUGAGCCACACAUUCCUAUAAAUUUGCACAUCAGUGGCAGCACAAUCAGUGGUAGCUUGUACUGCCACAGCAUCUUUACACCGAUCUGAUCCUUUGCUUUAUGGGACGCUACAUGUUGGGCUCUGGUAGCUUUCCUGACUUUUCAGCACCCUGUAGCAUAGCAGGUCCAUCCCAUAAGAUUUCACACAAGCACUGUCAUAGCACUGUCAUUUUGCAUACCCAAUAACCUAAAAAUAGGUGUAAAUAAUAAGGUCAACCCUUGUUAGAUGAGACCAGGGCUAUUUAGUCCUGGGGGCUGCCUAUUCGCUUUAAAAGCCCACAGUGGUGUUGCUUAAGUUAUACAAUGCAGCAGCCACCACGGGGCUUUCCCACAAAGCUGCAAAUGAAAAAAAUUCAGAAACUUAUACCCGAUAUUUUGGCUGGAGCGAGGCGAAUACGGCCCUUCCACCAUCUAACCUUGCUCCAGCUUCACUGCAGAGCAGUUCCCUGGUUGAAGGCAACCUCCGAUUGGUUUCUGGAAGCCCAGAUGUGGGUGGGGAAGGCAGGCAGCGGCUCCAGUAGCCGGAUGACCGCCGGAAGCUCCACACUCACUCCUGGCAUGGGAAUUACCCAGCGCGACCCUGCAGUAGUGAAACUGCAGGCUGGAGGGGGAACACAGUGCCAGCGUGGCAAUAUCAAAGCUGCCCCUUUAUUUCUAUCUCUAGCAGUGCCAUCCAGAUGCCCCUGGGGAGCCCUUACCAGCUGGCCAUGAUGGGAGAUAAUCAUCCCUCUCCUUUGUCUCCAGCAUUUGAUAAACUGAGAUAUAUUGCCUCUGAAUAAGUCUCUCUUUUUUCCUUUUCCCCUCCUGUCUUGGCUAAUAGCCAUUAGACUAGCCUCUCUGAAUGUAUAUAAUCCUUGAAAUCUGCUAAAAUUGUGACCAUUGUUGCAUCUUACAGUGAGUUGCAUAAGUUGAUUCUACAUUGUGCAAAUAAGUACUUCCUUCUGUUUGUCCUGAAUGUGCUGUUUGUUUGGAAGAUCUCAAGUUCUUCACAAUGAUAAUUAUAUAAAUCUAUGUUAUGCACACUUCUUCCCACCACCUGUUGUUUUUCUGUCAUAACCUAAACCUUCAACUUUUGUUGUAAGGAAGAUGCUUCAAUUGCCGGACCAUUUGGUUGCUUAUUUUGAUAUCUGCUCUAGCUCAGCUAUAUUUCUGAAGAUGGGCUGACCGGACUGGGAUACAAUAUAUAACAUGUAACUUUCAGUCUCCUUCCUGAUGACUCCUGACACCGAAUUUGCUUUUUUUCUGAAGCACACAGAGUUGUCAUUUCAUAGUGGUUUCUUCUGUAUCUAAAGCAUCUUUUCCCUAUAAUAAAAGACUGGUGCAUUUUAAGUGAACCUG